AUGCGUAUACCCACGAUAGUGUCCGCAGACACCAACGUCGGCGUGUUUGUUGAAGCCAUCCUUAACAACCUCAGCAUAACUCUCCCCUCAAAAUACGUCCUGAGAUCUGGCGACGACGGUCUAUCAUUCGGUGACCUCCUCGACUUGUGGGCCGAAACAUUAAGCUCUGAGGCUGAGUACGUCCAUGUCACCGAGGAGGAAACUGACCCGCGAGGGCCGCCGGUCGCUGAAAGGGCCUCAUUCCAAGGACACAAGCAGUAG